UCCCUGUUGUUUUCACCGCACAGUUCUAGCUGCCUACCCCACCGCCUCCCCCCCCUCUCUCUCUCUCUCUCUCUCUCUCUCUCUCGGUCGUGCCGUCGCCUCUGUGGUUCUCACUCUCACUCCGCCCUUGGUGCUUCUGUAGAGUGGCGGACUGGAGAAGGAUCGCACACGUGCCUUUCGUGGUCUUGGAUUUUACUGAUAUUAAGUGUAUGCGAGGUACACAAUGGGAUUCGAUAUCGAGUGCAUAAUUGAUAUACACACCUAUCCUGGGGAGUACUUUUGCCCUGUUUGUCGGACACUCGUCUAUCCAAACGAGGCAUUUCAGUCGCAGUGUACUCAUUUAUACUGCAAACCAUGCUUGGCGCACAUUGCAAAUGGUACAAAGGCUUGCCCUUAUGACGGAUACCUUGUGACUGAAGCUGACUCUAAGCCGCUUAAGGACUCUGAUAAAACACUGGCAGAAAAUAUUGGCAAAGUCAAAGUUCAUUGCCUCUACUUCCGGAGUGGCUGCACAUGGGAGGGAUCGCUUUCUGAUUGCAGCUCCCAUUGCUCUUUAUGUUCCUUCGGUAACUCACCUGUCAUAUGCAACAGAUGUGGAAUCCAAAUUGUGCAUCGUCAAGUGCAUGAUCAUGCUCAGAGUUGCCUGGCCUUGUAUGGAGCUCAACAGGCUGUUGCGAUUGUCGCAACCACAACUAGGCCUGGCACAGCUGCGGCUGCUGUUACUGCAGAGACUAAUCAGACUGUUUCCCAAUCUGGAGCGCUGACUCAGGUCCAGACUCAGAACGUUGCUGCUACUCUAGCUACUGGUCAAAAUCCAAUUCAGCAAGUAAAUGCCAACUCUCAAGCUCCUGCCACUGCUCCAGUUAAUGUGCCUACCCCAGAUCAGUGGUAUCAACAACAAUAUCAGCAAUAUUACCAGCAGUAUAUGGGAUAUUAUCAGCAGCAGCCCGCUCAACAAUACUACCAGAUUCAACAACAACCUUUACAACAGUAUCAGCAGAAUGCUUCUCAAGUGCCGGGCCAAAUCCAACCCCAGACACAGCCUCAAUCUGUACCACAACCCCACCUCCUGCCCCAGGCCCAACUGCCUCAACCGUUGCCAGCGCAGGUGCAGUCUCAACAGCAGUCAAACUUGCAUCCACUGCCGGUUUCUCAGGCUCCACAGCAGCCUCAGAUGCAGAUGCAAGUGCAGGUGCAAGGUCCACCUCAGACUCAGGUACAGGGGCAGGUGCCAGUACAAGGUGCUGCAAGCCAUCAACUGAACCCAGCUCAUCCACCAUUGAGGCCGCAGACACAACAGGCCACACUACCCCCACCCCCCCAAGGUCAAUCCGGUCCGGCCCUGUUUCCUUAUGGUAUGCGACCUGCAGCUCAACCUCAGCCCUCUCAGUACCAUAGGCCUACCCAUACGCCAACCCAAUAUCAUACACCUCAGAUACAUCCCCAACCUCCCAUUCACCAACCCCAACCCCAAGCCCAACCUGUGUCUGUGAACUUGCCUCAUGUGCAAACUCAACCUCAAGUGCAGUCUUAUCCAACCCCUUCCCCUGCUCCUGCCUAUGCACCACAAGCCACAGCGAAUCAUCAGUCCACCGGUGCUACUGCCCUGCCACCUGCUCCGCCCCAUUCAUAUCAACAACCUGCUUCAACCCAGAAAAUACUGCCUGGUUCCUUGGUGCACCAACAUCCAGCGGCCCAGGUACAUGGUCAAGUCCCACAACAGCCUGGAGUGAUGGCACUGCCAUCACACCCCCAGCAACAACUACCUACAUUGUUGCCUGGGCAAAAUCAUGUGCCGUUUAUCCCAGCUCCACAGCACCAGCAAUUGCUGCCUCAUGUGACUCACUCAUUUCAGAAUCGUCCUGUUGCACAGCCAGUUCAGCAGGCUUUGCCUCAGCAAUAUGGCCAGCAGCAGCAUUUUCCAGCUCCAUUUCCGGGCCAGGUGAAUCAGCAGCAACUACAACCACAGCUGCGCCCUCCAGCCCCUCCUCAACUGCAGCAGCAGGCACAGAAUUAUUCUGGGAGACCUGUGAUGCCAAGCCAGGUGAGUCAUUCAUUUUCAUCUGGUGUUGGAGCUUCUCAUCAGGUAUCCUCAGCUCAGUUUCUGAAAAACCAGAACUAUGUGAAAUCUAACCAUGAAUCUGUGCAAGAAGCUAGAUCUCCUUUAAGGGCUCCCUUUGAAAAAGGUGCAGAAGGGGAGAUCCUGAAAGAAAAAGCAGCAACUGGACAAAUUGAGAUAAUUUCUGGUGGAGCUGACAAUGCUGCAAAGGAUUCUAGAAACAUGCAAACAAUCAAGCAAGAGGACAUGCACAGUUCGUUGGAUCAACAAGCUGUUGGAAAAUCCUUUGAUACAGGAGGUAUGGUAAAUAAUGAAGCAGAUUCUAAUUCGUCGAAGCUAGUGAAUCCUGAGAAUCAGAAGUUAUCAGCUGCCAUAGGGCUAUCAUCUGUUAACUAUGGCAAGAACACUCAAACUGGUGUUAUUGCUACUGGCACUGAGGGUCCUAUUGUACCCCAGCGAAGUACAAGUGCAAGGCCUGAAGUACAAGUGCAUGGGCGCCCUUUCUCGGUUCACCCGCCUCAAGGUCAAGGAGCAGGUGGUAUGCCACAUCCUGGGCAAUCUGCCAAUCAAGAUGAGGGAAGACCACAAGGCUAUUAUGGCCCACCGAAAGGCUUUGAGCCUCAAUCUACUACUCAUGGGCCAACAUACCCUUCUCAAGCACAUCAGCAUGGGAUUAUAGGUAAAGUUCUCCCAAAUGAUGGUCAAAGGUCAACAGAUCAGAUGUCUGGUAUUGCUAAUCAAUCAGGCAGUGGCGAAGGGACUGUUAAAAGUCAGGUAGAGGAGCCUACUUUUAUAAGAAAGAAUGCAGAAAUAGCUCCAGAAUCCAUCUAUGGCUCCAAAGACGAUAAAUCAACUGCCAUGGCCAGAGAACAUUUGAACCCCUUGACAGCUUCAAGGCCUCUGGAUAAAGCACCCCAUGGGCAAAUGCAUGAAGCUGGGUUGAAGAUGAAUCCAAGUUCCAUGGGUCCUCCUAGGUUCUUGCCUCCACAUGGUCCUUCUGGUGGGCAUGGUAGUGCGGAGAUUCUUGGAGGGGGACCUGAAUUCGGCCAACAUCAUCUCAAGCAAUUUCCUCGUCGAAGCCCUGGUCAAGAGUACUUUUCUUCCCCACUUGGAUUUGGUGAUCCUGCCAGUUUUCCCCGUGGCACCUCAGCUUUUGAUGACAAUACUUCCAGGGAAGUGCAUGGUUUUCGGGAAGGGCCUCGGCCAUUUAAUCUUUCAACUAGUCUACCUAGAAAUCCUUUUCAUGAUGGUAGAUUUCCUCCUUUGUCUGGUCACCUUGAUGGAACUGGAAACCCUAGAUUUGCUGAGUAUAGGGCUCCUGGUAAUGAUGCUGUGUUUGGACAAGAUGGUCCACCCCAUUUAGGAAGGGGGAAAUAUUCUGGCCCUGGAAACUUUCCUGGUAAUUUUGGCAUGCCUGAGUCUGCUGGGCCUGGUGGUUUACCCGUUCAUGGUCGUGGAAGAGAAGUAGGAGGUCCAGCAACUUUCCCUCGUCUUCCUUUCAAUGAGCCUGUUAGAGGUGACCGAUUUGGUCAUUUUGGUGACCCCAGCAUGCAUAACAACUACCCAUUUCCAGGAUUUCCUAAUGCUGGAUCUUUCUCUACUGGCAUGGAGUCUUUUGAGCCUUGGAAGAGAAAGCCUGUAAGCAAUGGAUGGUGCCGCAUCUGUGGGGUUGACUGUGAAUCAGUUGAAGGACUCGAAUUACAUUCACAGACUAGGGACCAUCAAAAGAUAGCCAUGGAUAUGGUCAAGUCUAUAAAGAUGCAGAACAAAAAGCCGAGAACUGGCGGUCAGACUUUGCAUGAUGGGGGGAGUAAGAAUAGGAAAGCUGGGGAUAUUGGCCAUGGAGGCAACCCUUGAAUUGACCUUGUCAGGGGAUGCUGCCGUGAUGGUUGAAAUAUUCUGGGAAUGAAGUUCGGUGGCAGCUAGCUCUACUUAUUUCAUUAUUGGAUCAGCAUGGUUCAGGAGCAAACUUGGUCUGAGGUUGAACUUUCUGUCGUGUUUGGCAAUGCUUAUGGUGUAAUGUUUAUGAUAGGAUGCUACAUCACUUUGGAACUCUUGAUGAGAGUGGGAGGAUGUAUAUUUUGAAAACAUGGUACUUUUAUUUGGUUGGAUGUUUAUGAACUAAGUUACAAUCAUUUGCCCCAUAUGCUUUUUUGUGAAUUGGAAGAUCCUAGGCAAUAUUAUACAUAAUAAUUUAUUUAAUAGUCUCGCUUCUGCAAUAAAGGUUAUAAUUAGAAUGGAAUAACUGGUAAGUUUCAAAAUAUUUUUGGGAGUUGGUUGUUCAAUUGCAAUUGAAAUAUAUGUGGAUGAUCAGAGGAAUCUGAAAAUAACUGAACUGAAUUUAAUGUGUCCUAGAUAGAAAAUAUAUCUCCUUUCUUAUGAAGAGUAAUGAUAAGCCCGGAAUCCUGGUUGAUUAACUUGAAUACUGUGUAUGACUUACAAAACCACCUAUACUUUUCACUUCAAAAUGGCUAGGGUGACAGUAUGGUAAUGGUGACUGAAAAUGGGUAAAUGUUCCAGGGUUUUUUCUACUAUAAAAAGUAUUGUUUCCUGUAUCUGAACUAAUAGAUAAUAAUACAUUCUAAACGAAGUAUUGGCUCUAGGUGUUUUCUUAAACCUCUGUAUUUAUUAGCGAUAAUUGAGUUAAUUUGGCUGCUAGACGGCCAGUGCCAUGAAACCCCAAAAAAAACAAUAAAAAAUAAAGGUGUAUGGAUGUUGCAAUUGGCUAAGUAAACACUUUGUUUGAUUAGCUAUUGGGCUAGAACCUGGAAGAUCUCUCGUACUGAUUUGGGUGGAUGUAAUACUCCCAUCUUUUUAUCACUACAGUUUAUUUUGGAUGGUUUACUUUUUAUUCCAUCUCCCUAAAUUAGCAGUUUGAUUCCCUUGAAUGUUGAUCUUAGUCUAAGAACAAUAAUCAUAUAUAUAAUAUUCAAUCUCUAAUUUAGUGAUAACUGCCUUGAAAAACAAUGUUUAUGCCAAGGAUUAUAAUAAUUAUGAAGUAUUGGAAUUGGCUAAGUAAACAAUUUUCUUGAUUAACAGUUGGACGGGAAUUCAGCAGCUUUCUUGAACCAUUUUUUAUCUCUCCAAUUUAGUAGUGUGAUUCCCUUGAACGCUGAUCCUUGUCCAAGAACACAUACUUUAUAAUAAUAUUUAAUCUAUAAUUUAGCAAUGAUUGCCGCGAACAUUGAUGUUUACUCCCAAGAAAUUAAAUUAUGAGUUCAUAUUUAAUUACACCCUAAAUCCUAAACCCCAAAAGUCAUUUUUAAAUUAGUACUGAGAAAAUUAAUUGGACAGUCAAAUAGAUGUGGGCGAGUUUUGACUUGAUGCUGAUGAAAAUUAUUUGAGUAUAUCAAAUAAUAACCCUUGAAAAAAUUAUUGAUCAUAAUUGGACCCUUGAUUAUGCCGCAAUGUUUAAGAAACAUUUAUUACUAUUUUGAAAUAUAAAGGAAGUUCUCAAAUAGUAUGACUGGCCUGCCACAUGUAAUUUGUGACCAGUGUACUCUUCAAAAUGUAAACUAUUUAAGUAAAUGCGAGGUGCUUAUAUAGAUUAACAUUCUUUUAAGUAGAAUAAUGCCACUGGAUGUGUUUGACAAGUGUCAGCCAAUAUAUCAUGGCUUAAUUCGUCAUGGCUCACUAUUUUGUCCUCUUCUGGUGGUGGUUCUAUCUUAUUAAAUGCUACAAUAAACUGCGCAAGUGCAAGCGUGAGCAUGAAAUCCUCAAUGAUCUCUUAACUUUCUACAAAUAGUAUGCCACAUGUAAUUGUGAAAAGUGUUAAAACUAACUUUUGGCGCCAUUGUACUCUUUAAAGUAUUAGAAUACAAAAUGAACCCUACAUGCAAGUAAGAAGAGUACUCCUCAAGUAUGUUCAUACUUCUGUAGAGUUAUAUUUACUUCUUUAGGUAUUUGACAAGUGUCAAACCAACAGUAUUGCAUUAGAAUCUUUGUGGUUCACUAGCUUGUCCUUUUCUGAAUGUGCAAGUGUGAAGAUAAAAUCAUUAAUGCCCUCUUAACUUUUUACCAAUAGGAUGCCACAUGUAAUGUGUGAAGCAUUUAACUGACUUUUGCCACCAUAUUACUUAAAUAUCAUAAUACAACAUGAAUACUCUACAUCUAAAUAAGAAGCGCGCCCCUUAAGUAUGAUCACACUUCCCUAGGGUUAUCUUUAGUUGUUUGACAAGUGUCACAGUAUUGCAUUAGACUCUUCUUGUUUCACUAGCUUGUCUGUGCAAGAGGACAAUAUCCUUACUGUCUUUAGCUUUUUACAAAUAGUAUACUAAAUGUAAUUUGUGAAGUAUUAAACUUACUUUUGGCUCCAUUCUUCAAUAUUAGGACACAAAAUGAAUACAUUACAUAUGAAUAAGAAGUUUGCUCCUUUUGUGUGAUCACACUUAUGUAUGGUUAUAAUUUGCUUAGUUUAGGUAUUUGACAAGUGUCAAACCAAUAGUAUUGCAAUAGGCUCUUUGUGGCUCACUAGCUUGUCCUUUUCUAGAUGUGUGAGUGUAAGGAUAAAAUCCUUAAUACUCUCUUAACUUUGUACAAAUAGUAUGCCACAUGUAAUGCGUGAAGCAUUAAACUGACUUUUGGCGACAGUUUUACUCUUCAAAAUAUUAGAAUGCGAUAUGAAUACCCUACACAAUAAUAAGAAGUGUACUCCUUAAUUCUGAUCAUGCUUCUGGCGGGUUAUAUUUUGCAUCUUUUGGUAUUUGACAAGUGUCAAACCGAUGGUAUUGCAUUAGACUUUGUGGUUCACUUGCUUAUCCUUUUUCUGGUUGUGAUCCUAGCUUGCUAAAAAUAUUGUGAUAAUAAAUUUACAACUAAAAAUGUAAUGUUUAAAGAGGCUCUCUAAUCUUUGAACUGGCAUGCCGCAUAUAAUUGUAAACUUAAGUAUCACAUGGAAGAUUGAUGCCAACGUACCCCAAAAAACUUGUAACAUGAAAAUUUUAGAUGCUUUGGCACUCUGGUGAAAUAUGCUUAUUCUUUCAAGUGAAACUAUGCUUCCACAUUGUUUUAUUAUGCUUGUGUAGGUGGUACUAAAUAGGGUGCUUAACUUAUAUAUCUUAAAUUUGACCCCCUUUUGGUACACAAUCCUUUCCUUUUAUGGAGGUUGUUCCAGCUUGUUACUAAUGCAAUAAUAGUUCUGUAUAUAUAGCAUGCUCUUCUUAAGUGAGAUCACGCUUCAUAUGUUGUGUUAUACCCCUGUGGAUAUUUGACAAGUUUCAGAUCUGUUGUCUUGUAUGAACCUCUUCUCAUGCACUAUCUGUCUUCUCUGGAAGUGGGUCCAGCUUACUAGAUAGUGUGAAAAUGAAUUGUGCUUAUUGGAGUACAAAGAUAAAAAGCGCUGACCGAAGCUCUCUGACUUGUAGAAUUUAGUGUCUCUCUAACCUAUUGACUCAAUUGAAGGGGUUGUCAAAAUUCUUAUCUAUGGUGGGAAAAAAGAUAAUCACUACAAUGAGAUUGCUUGCAUUUAAAUCCUUUGGGUCUUAUCUGUUUCUAAUGUGCUCCCUGACCCCUAUGGAAUAUUUCUCAACCAUCUGAGCUAAAUAAGGAGAGUAGUGUAAUAACACAUAAAAGGUGGCUGCAUAACACAAACUGGCAAUUGAACUGAGAAUUGGAUGGAAUGACUUGAACUCUAGUUUCCGCCUCUUAGGAGAAUCUGUUGUAUUUGUAAUGUUAUGUGUUUCAUUAAUAUUUUGUAUAUUCUUAAUAUUGAAUGCUUUUCUGUUUUCUUAGACAAGAUUAAUUGCGGCGUGAAAUAUCGCCAACACUGCAGUGUUUAUCUAUUAUAGGGAAUCUGAUGCCUAUGAUUGCCGAGAAAAUGUAGACCAGAGUGUUGUGGAUAGGUUUCCAUAUUUUAUGGUCAUAAUGUCCUGAAGAAGUAUGUGAGUGUUUCAAUUCAAAGGCCACUAGGAUUCUUGUGUUUUGUGUAGAUUGCAUAGUAACGAGCCAUCAAUGUUACUGUGUUAUAGUUUGUGGUUUUUAGUUACCAGGCGAGCUUUAAUUCAGUGUAAUGCUUAUGAAACUGUACUGAAAGUUCUGUUCAUAAAAAUACAUAGGUAUACAUAUAUUUUCUAAAAACUGUACCCCUAUGAAGAAUUCUGGAGCAUGAUGUGUUGUCACUUGUCCAGCCUAAAUCGUUGUAGCUGUGGCUGAGAUACUGAGAUGAACAGAUUAAUGGAAUUGAAUAUCAGCUAAACACUUAGUUGAGUUAUUCAGCGCUAAAAUAGCUUCAAGCAGUUUCAAGAUUUGUUACCAGCAUGUUACCUUCCCAUCAUCUUAGGAAAUAUACUAAUUUUUUUUUCUCUACCUAUAAUGAUGAGUAUUAUAUAUAUAUAUUUGCUUGGGAUUGCCCAUUCUACAUUUGAUCAUUCUCAAAUUUUAGGAUACUUUUAUUUCCAAGCUUUGUUUAUUUUCUUUCCUUUUUGUUUUUUUUAAUCUUCUGUAGUUCAAGACGUUUCCUGAUCAUUGUGACAUUGUUAUAUCAGAGUAAGAUUCGAAGUUGAUUUUUCUUCUGGUUGAAAUUUCUCU